AUGGCAACGGUUAUGGAUAGGAAGACCACUUUUGUUGUGCUCCUUGUGCAUUGCUAUAUUUCCUUGGCUACUCUAACAUGCAUGUUUGCAUAUGCGGGUGGCAAUCCAAAUGUGCUUUGCAGAAAAGGAGAAAGAGAUGCCCUCUUCACCUUCAAAAAGGGUAUCAUCGAUCCUUCCAAUCUACUCUCAUCUUGGAUUGCCCAGGAGUGUUGCACGUGGAAAGGAAUUGGUUGUGACAACAUAACUGGGCAUGUCGUCCACCUAAAUCUCAGAAAUCCAUAUGAUUUUUAUGCAAGUGAUGAUUUUGAACAGUCAAUGCUGGGUGGGCUGAUAAGCGAUUCCCUGUUGGAAUUAAAGCAUCUUCACUAUUUGGAUCUAAGUUUGAAUAAUUUUUCAGAUAAUCAUUUUCCAAGCUUCUUUGGUUGUCUUUGGAAUUUGAGAUAUCUAAAUUUAUCAGAUGCGGGUUUCAUGGGUACAAUUCCUCAUCAGCUGGCAAAUCUCUCCAACUUGCAUACUCUUGACAUUCGUCAACGUUUUUACUAUAUGCCACUGCAAGUUGACAAUCUUGAAUGGUUAUCUCAUCUUUCUCUGUUGGAAUUCCUCGACAUGAGUUAUGUCAAUCUCAGUAAAGCAUCUAAUUGGUUACAGGUGAUGAACAUGCUCCCUUCUCUAUCAGAGUUACAAUUGUCUUCUUGUGAACUUGAUAAAUAUGAUCCAAUUCCUUAUGUUAACUUUUCAUCUCUCACUGUGCUCGAUAUUUCAUACAACUACUUUGUUAAUUCAACGUUUGAUUGGAUUAAAAGUCUUACAUCUCUUGUUACACUUGAUUUAAAAUACACGGAGAUCAAGGUUCCACUACUUGGAGUUGCUGUCCAGAACAUGUCUAGUCUUAGAAAUCUACUUCUGAGUGGUAACAACUUCUCUUACACAAUACCUAAAUGGUUAUAUAAUAUGACCACUCUUGAAAGACUUUAUCUUCCAGGAAAUAAUAUUCAAGGUGUACUUCCUAAAGCUAUUGGACGUCUUUCACAACUGAUACUUCUUGACCUGUCACAAAAUGACCUUGAAGGGAAAAUACCAAGAUUCUUGGGAAAUCUGUGUAAUAUGCAACAUUUAGAUUUAUCGGAAAACAACCUUGGGGGAGGUUUGUAUGACAUUUUAGGAAAUUCUUCUUCAUGCACAACAAAAAAUUUAGAACUUUUGGAUUUGAGUAGGAAUCAACUUUCAAGUACUUUGCCUGAUCAACUAAGGGAGCAUAAAAAACUCUCUGUUCUUUCACUUGGUGGUAAUAAGCUUUUUGGUCCAAUUCCCGUAAGUCUUGGAUAUCUUUCAAAUCUUGAAAAGUUAAGCAUCUCUUCCAAUUCUUUAGAGGGUUUUGUUUCCGAAGAGCAUUUUUCCAACCUAACAAAAUUGAGAUAUCUCAAUGCUUAUUCAAACUUGUUGACUUUGCAAGUAAGCACUAAUUGGGUUCCUCCUUUUCAACUUCAAACUUUGUGGUUGGGAUCAUGGGCAUUAGGGCCAAGAUUCCCUACAUGGCUUCAAUCACAAAAAGAUCUUCAACGACUAGAUUUCUCAAAUGCAAGUAUUUCGGAUGUCAUCCCUUCUUGGUUUUGGAGCCUUUGUUCCCAAUUCCGUUUUAUGGAUCUUUCUCAAAACCAAAUCCGUGGCAGUAUUCCAAGUUUAUCUUGUGGAGGAUCAAUCGAUCUUGGUUCAAACAACUUUUCUGGCCCUCUCCCCAAUGUCUCUUCUGGCAUUAUGUAUUAUUUAGAUCUUUCCAAUAAUUCAUUCCAUGGAUCUCUUUCUCCUGUCAUUUGUAAACAGAACGAUAGAAUGAGAGGAGAUUUGCUUCUAAGUCUUGAUUUGUCCAAAAAUCUUUUAUCCGGAGAAUUUCCUGACUGA